GCGUGUCAAUGUCCUAUUUGUCAUUGAACAGAGUUUAAGCUGAAAGUAAGGGAAUCUAGUUGAAAGUAAUUGCAGUCAAUUGUUAUUGCAAUUUUACUGCAUGGAUAAGAUUUUAUUGUUUUGAAAAAAGUCGCCUAGUUCGGUUUAUGUUAGCGUUUCUGCCAGCAAUAAGUUACAACCAUUAAUAACGGUAGUGUGUGUGUGAUCUAACCUUACAAAUUUUACUCAAAUUUUUGUUUAUAUCUACCUACAUAAAAUUAAUUCAUAAAACAGGUAGUAAAUAUACUUAUAAUUAAAUAAAGAAAUUGUUUUUCAGUUUCAGAUUUAUUUAUAUUAUUAAACAUGAGCCUUACUUCCGUGGUUGUUCCUACAACCCCUAUCGAAGGGCAAAAGCCAGGGACUAGUGGGCUUAGAAAAAAAGUUAAAGUUUUUAUGGAACCUAAUUACACAGAGAAUUUCAUUCAGUGUUUAUUAGAUGCGCAAGGGGAGAAACUUCAGGGCUCUACCCUCGUUCUCGGUGGUGAUGGACGAUAUUACACCACGAAAUGCAUAAGACUCACCAUCAAAAUCGCCGCAGCUAAUGGGGUAAGCAAACUCAUUAUUGGUCAGAGAGGUCUCCUAUCAACCCCCGCUGUUUCGAGUCUGAUAAGGACUUACAAAGUAUUGGGGGGGAUCGUUUUAACUGCUUCCCACAAUCCUGGCGGUAUAAGGAAUGAUUUUGGUAUAAAAUACAACAUUGAAAAUGGGGGCCCAGCCCCCGACCAUCUUUCUCACAGAAUUUAUGAUCUUACAACGACAAUAAAACAAUACAAAAUUGUACAUGAUCUGGAUUGCGAAUUUCAGGAAAUUGGCACCCACAGUUUUCAGGUUGACGGGAAGGAAUUUACCGUUGAAGUGAUCGACCCCACCGAUAAUUAUGUAGAACUUAUGAAGUCUAUUUUCGACUUUCCCAAGUUGAAAACUUUAAUACGAGGCACAGAUGGACAACCACCCUUCAAUGUCCUCAUUGACUCCAUGAACGGGGUUACUGGUGUUUAUGUAAAAAGAAUAUUUCUGGAUGAAUUAAAUUCGGGACAAGAUAGUGCUGUGCGCUACAUCCCCCUGGACAAUUUCGGGGAAAUCCACCCUGAUCCCAACCUCACCUAUGCAAAAGACCUCGUAGAUUCCGUAAAAAACAACGAAAGUUUCGAUUUUGGGGCAGCUUUCGACGGAGAUGGGGACCGUAACAUGAUAAUUGGUAAACGGGCAUUUUUCGUGACUCCCAGCGACAGCUUAGCCGUUUUGGCGAACAAUUUGGAAUGCAUUCCCUAUUUUAAAAAGAACGGGGUGCAUGGGUUCGCCAGGUCCAUGCCCACGGCCGCUGCAGUCGACAGGGUCGCUCAAAAACUGAACAAGGAAAUGUUCGAAGUUCCCACGGGAUGGAAAUAUUUUGGGAACCUCAUGGACGCAGGCAGACUGUCUCUGUGUGGCGAAGAAAGUUUCGGGACUGGCUCUGAUCAUAUUCGUGAGAAAGACGGUAUUUGGGCAGUUCUGGCGUGGUUAUCAGUCAUUGAAUACAAGAGAAAAGGAGUGGAAGAUAUCCUUAAGGAGCACUGGCAGCUGUACGGAAGGAAUUACUUCACUAGGUACGAUUAUGAAGAGUGCGAAAGCGAUGCGGCCAGUGAUAUGAUGCAGCAUUUGGAAGGUCUCAUAAAAACCGGGGAAAUUGUUGGCAAAUCGUUCAGCGACAGUGGUAAGCAAUAUAAAAUCAAAAAAAUGGACAACUUCUCGUACACCGACCCCAUAGACAAUAGCGAAGCAAUGAACCAGGGUGUAAGAAUAUUAUUUGAAGACGGUUCCCGUUUGAUCUUCCGGCUUUCAGGAACCGGAAGUAGUGGAGCCACCAUAAGAGUUUACAUCGACAGUUAUGAAAAAGAAAAUGUCACUGCGGAUGCGCAGGCUAUGCUAAAGCCCUUAGUUAAUAUUGGCUUGCAAAUUUCGAAACUGAAAGAAUUUACAGGCAGAGAGGAGCCAACUGUCAUCACCUAAUGUGCUAGAAAUGUGUAAAAAAUAUAAGAAUUAAUAAAGCAUUCAUUUUAUUAGCGAAAAUAUCACAAAUAAACGAUAACUGUAGCCUCAAUUAA